AUGACGGAGAACUGCGUGCGCUUGGUGCAGCCAACGCUGCCCCGGGAUGCGGAGGUGAUAGGCUUCACCGCGUCUAGCCAUACCGCUCCCACCGCAGUAGAGGGCUUCUCAGACGCAGCAAUAUCUGCAGCAGAGGCAGCUCGCCAGGUCGUAUCUCUGAGAGACCAGUAUGACGCGGUUCUUGUGGCGUGCUACAGCGACCACGCGCUCAUCAAGGUCCUCCGCGAAGAACUGGACACGCCAGUCGUUGGGAUCAUGGAGGCCAGUCUAUUCAUUGCGCGCACACUGGGCGGGCGCUUUGGGAUUCUGGGGACGAGCGAACAGUCGAAGGUUUCGUUGGAAGAUACGGUUCGUCAUUAUGGGUUUGCGGGAUACUGUGCGGGAGUGGCGAGCUGUGGCUUGGGUGUUUUGGAGCUGAAAACGAGGCCAGAAGAGGAGGUUAUCCAGACUACGUGUAAUGUGGCAAGAGAUUUGGUAGCCAGGGGUGCGGAUACACUGACCUUGGGAUGUGCUGGGAUGAUCAAGCUGCAACCCGCAAUCCAGAGCGCUGUGGGCGAGGAUGUACAAGUCAUUGAUGGAGUCGCUGCGGGUGUACAGCAUCUCAUUGGGAUAGUCAGGAUGGGUUGCAAAACAGCAAAGUCUGGGUUGUACAGGAGUGCGGCCAUGAGAAGAGAGGCCCGAGGUCAAUUAUUCUUUUGA